GGACGACCACCGACUUCCAACGGCAGUGUUGUUCGCGUGGCUCUAUGCUCCACGCCCUGCUCAUGGCCCCAGAUGUUGAUGGCGUGAUGUGGUAUACGAUGACCUCAAGGCGUUCGGGCUGUACACCGGUUGGCACGACCUCACAUCUGAACGUGGCGAGUGGAUCCAGUCCAUCUCGGAUGCCAUUGUUGCACGGCGCUUACGCCUUGAUACAAGCAAUUCCAAAUGAACAGUUUGCAUACAGGCGGAACCACAGUACUGAGGACCUUUUAACAGUUGCCAUCAAUAACUGGCAGAGAAGCAUGGAUACCGGAGACUAUACGACCGUACUGCUGCUUGGUUCGAGCAAAGCCUUAGGCCUCGUUUACACGACAACGAUUGAAAAACGUUUUUCAAUUGUUUUCCAAACGUUUUUGCUGUUUACACGAAAACGAUAAUCGUGUACACUGCAACACGUUUUUCGGCGCGCAAUGGUCACGUGCAAUAAGUUGACCUGGCGCAGGCUGGCGGCGGCAUGUUUUGAGUACAAGGCUCGUACUAGUAAAAUGUUUUUGCCGUUUACACGAAAACGAUUGAAAACACUUUGAAGCCGUUUUUCGUUUGAAACGUUUUUGAAACGUUUUUCAGCGUUGUCGUGUAAACGCUCUUAUCAAAAUCUGUGGAAGCGUAUUCUUUUGAAAGUGUUUUUUGAUAAAAACGUUUUUCAAUCGUUGUCGUGUAAACGAGGCCUUAGACCGUGUUAACCACCAUACGCUAAUAGCUUACCUUCACAGCCUGAGGAUCCGUGGAAAUGCUCUUGAGUGGUUCAAGUCGUAUCUGUAGAAGUGAACGAAACCACAAGUGACUGUAGAACUUGUGCUAGGGGCGUUCCCCAGGGUUCCGUCCUAGGCCCUACCUUCUUCAGCAUCUACACUCGACUUGUCCCCACUCUGCCAUUGUGUUCCCAAUGCCUUCUUUCUACUUGUCAGUAGUCCAGAGCAAGCUCGAGUACGCCAGCACUGCCUACGUCCACUGCCUGGCUGACAACGCGAGAGAUCAGCUGCUACGCAUCACCUGUCAGCAAUACAUGCUCAGCAGAACGACCAUGGAGCAAACUAGUGAAUUUGGCCACCACGGCCGCAGCUGUGGGGCACGGCUUCACAACGUAACCGGCCCGUCGCCGCCGCCGCUACAGACUGGUGACUACCUCCUGUCCAUCUGUGAUGCUGCAAAGGAAACGAUAUCAUGCACGAGGCCAUGACGCUAGUCUACUAUCUUCAAGCCGACCACCCAGGAGUUCAUCUCGAUUUCAGUGCCUACACCGGCGUGAGCGACUGGCUGAAUCCGGCAAGGUCUGCUGUGCACAAGGAGGGCCUUGCACCCUGGUAUGGUCAAAGACUGGGCUUGUCUUUCCAGGGUGAGCCGGUCACCGGGCGUGUGUUUCCAGGGUGAGCCGGUCACCGGGCGUGUGUUUCAUGUGAUGUUCACCUACACACCUAUUAGCGGCUGUGCUGGAGCUGGUCAAGCACGAACACACAGAUAUGUGGUGGGCGAUGACCCGAACACGAGCCGAAUACAGUACAUUUUCACUCUCGGUCCCGUGCACGGAACGGCGGUGGUUCGUGAUCUCAUGGACACGCUCUCCGUGAGAUCUGGCGUGAUGGGCGGGCGGCGGUUUGAAUGAAGGCAACUCCAGCGAUCAUCUCCCUGGAGUAUCAGAUGUUGCCGUCAGCUUGUCCGUGCGUAACGCAAGCCAGGGAAGCCGGUUUGGAAAUAUCGCCACUCGCUUUUCAGGCACUGCACAGAAGUUCCCGACCACGAUAGAGUUGGCUUUGGUUUGAGCAGGCAUGAGGCAAGGUGUGGUGAUCUACAGCACGUGCAAUAUGUACACAAAUGUCGCUAACCCGCUGAAGCCAUUGCUAGCGGACCAAAGAGGGUUCCUUCGGCCCGGGAAGAAGGACGUUCUUGGCGUUAAACGACUUGGGGUGUUCAUUCAAACCCCCAUCGAUGACAGCAUAAUUGGAGAUCACGUUCAGGUCAAUCUCCUGGCGUAUGGCGAUGCAUGGGAAGCGAUGCCUUUACAAGUCUCGAAGACCUGCCCGCCAUUUGACAGCAAGCACAAGCUGCAGCGGUGAAGUGUGCCAGCCGAGCCGUACAGUGCCUAUAACACCAGCUGCCUCCGUGGAUACCAGUUUGCGUCUGGUAGCCAGGCGGAAGUGCAAUGCUCCUUAGGAUAGAGCGCCGACAUCCCACAUUGCACAGACUGCGUAUUUAAAAUUUGCCUAAACAACGAGGGAUGCGACAGCAGGGAAAACCCCAGGAACACCCAGUGCAAGAGCAGAGCACCCUAUCAGCGCUCUCCUCAUCCUUUAUAGCUGUCAAGUAGUCAACUGCGUAUUUAAAAUUUGCCUAAACAACGAGGGAUGCGACAGCAGGGAAAACCCCAGGAACACCCAGUGCAAGAGCAGAGCACCCUAUCAGCGCUCUCCUCAUCCUUUAUAGCUGUCAAGUAGUCAGGUACUACGAGCAGAAAUGUCCAAACAACGUGUUCGUAGCGCUGCAGCCCAAGAUCUGGACCGGGCUACGUGACAAUGUCGCUGCCAAUGCUUGUCAAAAGUGGGGUACGGUUUCCGCCUGCGUGAGAGAUUACCAGCGCGGGCUGCAGUCCCUGUCACAGAUCGGUAACGAUGCACCCGUCUGGGUGAGAAGCAGUCCGGGAGACAUUGAGAUGGAGUUCCCGGUAGCACCCCGAGCACUCAGGCGCACGUAUUCUGCAAAGUUCCCUAUGUCAAGAAAUGCGCUGGAAACGAGACUGCGUGGCUGUCGCAGAUGUCAUUACCGCCGCGCACCAACAGCUAUCGACUGGCGGAAGCCGGCUGCGGAAGGGCCAAGCCUAGCUUCAUCUCCGCACAGAAUCGCUGCUUCACGUACUUCAUGAACACGCUCCUGUCAUGCCUGGAGUGGUGAUGCCCGACGUCAACUUCUACAGCAUAUCCUGACCACUCACGUUCGACGGCACCAAGCCUAUGUGCCAUGCCCAGUACGGAUCAACCUACGUCAUUCCAGUCUGUCAACGUAAGAAUGAACUCAAGAUGGCGGACCAAGAGUGCAUAAAAACCAGAGUCUGAAGCUGGGGGCUUUCCUACUAUGGGUGUCUGUCACGGCGGACUUACGUCAUUACAUCAUAUUUGGUGGAGGUGUCGACGAAUGUUUGUUGGGCACUAACACGUGCAAUGGGACGGGUGAGAACUGCAAGAAGACGAGAGGUGCAUUCACCUGCUACUGCAAGGCUGGAUUCAAGCGCUCCGCACCGGAUCAACUCUGCAUGGCGGCUGCCAUGGUGAGGCCAGCGUCCGCGAAUCAAGGGCAUAUUCACACACCGCUUCCGAAGGAGCUUUGUUAGUGCUGUGCCAUACUCUUUCUCUCGCUUGUGCCAUUCUCUUUCACUCGCUCUCUCUCUCCUAUAUUAGGCCGAACGCAGCUAGUUGAUAGUGACCAUCAACUGUAUGCUUUUUAUAUUGCCCCCCCCCCCCCCCCCUACUGCUGGUCAGUUUGCGUACACAGUGCACACUGCACAGUGCGACUGUGACAUCAUUGCCUUCAGCUGGUACAUCAUUGCUGAACAGCAGCCCAAGCACAGCACCAUCCCCACCAGCUUGAGCUGAAUCUCUCGCCACGAGCUCCUGAUUACCUCCUGCGCUCUUUCCCCAUACUGCAUCGUGCCAGUGUGGAAUAGACUGCCACAGGAAAUUCUGGACAAGCAGCCAGCCCGGAAACACCUGCAGAGCUUCAAGAUUGCUGCAUACCGUCACCUGCAACAGAGUGACUGGUGCUCUGCUCAUGACUGGUGCUAGCCUUGCACAUGUAUCACACUGGCCUGCCAUCAGUGGACGCAAAUCAUUAUGUUGACCCUCUUCUAAAAGUAGCAUUAUAGUCAUAGCGACAAUAUGCCGCUGAACUCUUUCUCUCUCUAUACAUAUAUCUCUCCACCUCUUUCACUCUCUUUCCCUCACUUACCCAUCUCUCUCUUUCUUGUGCACUCUCUCCCUCUCUCUCGCUCUCUCCCACUCUCUCUCUCUCCGCCAUUCCUCUCGCCCCCCCCCCCCCUCUCUCAUGGUGCUUGCUGUGUACGCCGAUCCCGAAACCCUUGGUCGGGGAGUCUACUGCAUCUCACCAGCGCAGCUCAUGUAGCGCCUACACACCCAUUGUUGUCUUUUUUGUUUCGUCUUCGUUUUGUCUCCCCUUCUUCCGUAGG